GAAGGCUCUUCACGAGAGAACUUCUUCUUCUUCUUCUUCCCUCUUUUUUUUUCAUAUUUAAUAGAAAAAAAAAGGUAAUCACAGAGAGAGAGAGAGAGAGAGAUUGCAUUUUUUGCUGGAGAAAGAAAGACCGAGAUCGAUCACCGUCUUCAUCGCCACCAUGUGCAAUCCAAGCUCCGCCGCAGUUUCCUCCAUUUCCGACAAACAACAACCUGAAUCCCCACAAACCCACAUCUUCCUCGAUCUCUUCUCCAUCAAAACCAUCCAAAACCCAGAUUCCGACAUGCCCAAUCCCUUGCAUCCCCCUGUCCCUUUCCUCUCCGACGCCCUGUCAGAAGCCAAGUCUCUCUUCGCCCUCGCCUUCCCCAUCGCCGUCACCGCCCUCGUCCUCUACCUCCGCUCCGUCGUCUCCAUGCUCUUCCUCGGCCGUCUAGGUGACCUCGAACUCGCCGCCGGUUCCUUCGCCAUUGCCUUUGCCAACAUCACCGGUUACUCUGUUCUCUCCGGUUUAGCCCUUGGUAUGGAACCUCUCUGCUCUCAGGCCUUUGGCGCUCACCGCUUCAAGCUCCUCUCCAUUACCCUUCACCGUACGGUCGUCUUUUUGCUCCUCUGCUCCGUACCCAUCUCCGUUCUGUGGCUCAACGUCGGGAGAAUCUCUGUUUAUCUUCAUCAGGACCCCGACAUCGCACGAUUAGCUCAGAUUUACCUCCUAUUCUCUCUGUCCGAUCUCUUCACCAACUCCUUCGUCCAUCCAAUCAGAAUCUACCUUCGCGCCCAAGGAAUCAUCCACCCCGUCACUGUAGCCUCCCUCGCCGGCGCCGUCUUCCACUUGCCGGCGAACUUCUUCCUCGUCUCAUACCUCCGUCUCGGCCUCGCCGGCGUCUCCCUCGCCUCCGCCUUCUCCAACUUCUUCGUCCUCUGUUGCCUCGUCUGCUACGUCUGGGCCAGAGGUCUGCACGCGCCGACGUGGACCGACCCGACGACCCGCGACUGCUUCUCCGGUUGGCAACCUCUUCUCCGCCUCGCCGGACCGAGCUGCAUUUCCGUAUGCUUGGAGUGGUGGUGGUACGAGAUCAUGAUCGUCCUCUGCGGCUUGCUCGUGAACCCCAGGUCUACUGUCGCAGCAAUGGGGGUCCUCAUCCAGACCACUUCGCUCCUCUACGUAUUCCCAUCAUCUCUGGGCUUCGCCGUCUCGACACGAGUCGGAAACGAGCUCGGAGCCAACCGUCCGAGGACGGCGAAGCUCGCGUCCAUGGUGGCUGUAGCGGCGGCGGCGGCGAUGGGACUCACCGCGUCGGCGUUCGCGUGCGGUGUGAGGAACUCGUGGGGAAGGAUGUUCACGGCGGACGCCGAUAUCCUCCGGCUAACGGCGUCAGCUCUGCCGUUACUCGGCCUCUGCGAGAUCGGAAACUGUCCACAGACGGUGAGUUGCGGCGUCGUGAGGGGCACAGCUCGGCCGUCGACGGCGGCGAACGUGAACCUGGGGGCCUUCUACCUGGUGGGGAUGCCUGUAGCCAUUGGACUCGGGUUUUGGGCCGGGUUCGGAUUUAAUGGGCUUUGGUUGGGCCUGUUUGCGGCGCAGGUUAGCUGUGCUGGUCUUAUGAUGUACGUGGUGGGGUCCACCGACUGGGACAAAGAGGCCGAGAAGGCGCAGUCACUAACGUGCACCGGAGGCAUAGAGAGCGUCACUGCAGUUACGAAUACUUCGAAAUCAACGGUAGACGACGGUGAGAGCGAUGAGGCGGAGCCGUUGAUUCGCAUCACGGUGCUUUAUUAGCUAAAAUAAAUAACAAUUAUUAUUACAUUCUAACUCUCCUCAUAUUUUUUUUCCUUUUCUUUUUAUAAAAGGAGAAGUUUUGUUUCAAUUUAUUUACUUCCCUUUUGUUUUAGAAUCCUUUCCAUAUCUUUUUUUUGUAUUUAAAAAUCUUUUUUUUUCCUCCAAUUUUUGCUAUUGUGACGAGUAGUCUAUA